AUGGGAUGUAAUUAGUCGGUUGGUAUAAAUGCGGUUGUGAAGCUCGGGAUCGGUUUACUUGGUUGCGAAAUGCACGACAAGUUGUUUAGUUGUUGUCGUGCGCUGAUGCACAUCUCGGUUGUAUUACUGUUAGUUAUUCUCAGUGCAUCGCAAUGCUAUCAGCGGCCUCCGUCAAACGGUUAUAUGACGCGGUGGGACAAAAUUAAUCUAGACGAAAUUUUCGAGAAUAAAAAAUUGCUGCACCAUUACUUCAACUGUCUUAUGAACAAGGGACCGUGUCCACCCGAUGGUCGCGAGUUGAGACGAGCAUUACCGGAAGCGCUGGAGACAGAGUGUGCGAAGUGCUCGAAAAGUCAGAGAGACGGUGCGAUUAAAAUAAUUAAAUACUUGAGGGAAUAUAAAACAAAGGAAUUUGAAAUACUUGCCAAGAAGUAUGAUCCUGAUGGAAUAUAUCGUCGUAAAUAUUUUAAUUCAGAUGAAAAUUUUACGUAAUUUUAAUUUAAAAAUAUAAAAUUAUUUGUAACCGAUUAUUUAUUUUGUUAAAACAAAUCUAAAUAUAUAAAUAUAUAUUUUUUUUAUAUUA